CCCCUGAACACAACUACAACAAACACACGAAAAAAGCUCAACCACUGAUUACACAGUGGAGAGGACAAGCGCACAUGAUUUUCUCAACAUGAAAUUAGUGGUUUUAUUUUUGCUUUCGGUGGCAACAUCCUUCGCUGCAGAAGAGACGUGUGUUGGACGUUGUCGGGAUGGUUUUGACCCCAAACAGAAAUGCCAAUGUGACACUUUGUGCAAGUACUACGGAAGCUGCUGUAUAGAUUAUGAUUCCACAUGCCGAACUAAAAUUUCCCGUGGAGAUGUGUUUGACCUUCCUGAGGAAAACCUGACCUCUCCAGCGAGUCCUUUCGCUCUAAAUGCAACGACAACAUGGAGUACCAAAGUAAUCCCUACCACCAUGGCGUAUACCUCCAUUCCGAUUCCCGACCCCGAGGCAGAAACCUGCAGUGGGAAAUCGUUUGAUGCCUUCCUGCAGAUAAAGAACGGAUCGAUUUAUGCCUUCAGGGGGGAAUACUUCUUCGAACUGGAUAAGACGUCAGUGAUGCCGGGUUAUCCUAAACUCAUAAAGGAUGUGUGGGGCAUCUCUGGUCCUAUCGAUGCCGCAUUUACUCGAAUUAACUGUGAAGGGAAGAGUUAUAUAUUCAAGGGCAACAAGUACUGGCGCUUCGAUGGCGACGUCCUGGAUGAAGAUUACCCGAGAGAUAUCUCAGUGGGGUUUGAUAAGAUUCCAGAUGAUGUUGAUGCUGCAUUUGCCAUUCCUGCUCCAGCGUACCACAAAAAGGAGAAAGUGUAUUUCUUUAAAGGUGAUCGGUAUUACCAGUACGAGUUCAAGCACCAGCCAUCGCACGAGGAUUGCGUCCGUAUGACCAAAGCCUCCCCGUCUGUUCUCUUUACUCGCUACACUGACCUGUACUGUGACUACAACUGGGAUGACCUUUUCGCCUCGUUCUUCCAAGACUUAUCAGGACAUCACAAAGGGCCACGCUUCAUUGCCAGAGACUGGGUGGGCAUCAAACCUCCAAUAGAUGCAGCAAUGGUGGGCCGGCUGUACCUGAACUCCAUCGCUUCUUCUUCGCCCGCGCCUUCACUUUCACCUUCUGUAGCUCCAGGUAGACGUGGCAGGACCCGAGGCAGGACCCGAGGCAGGACCCGAGGCGGCCGAAGGAGAAAGGGCAGAGGCCGAGGAAGCCAAAUCAGCCGUUCAACCUACUGGGACGAUUUUGGCUUGGAUUAUGAAGAGAGGUAUUUUGGAGCAGAAAGGCAAAGUAAAGGUCAAAAGAAGGGCCGUGGAAGACGCCCGUCUUUCUACGACUACAACUACUACUACACAGACUACGCUGAUUUGGAGCUAGUGCAGGAGAAACCAGUGCCUGUGCAAAAUGUCUACUUCUUCCAGAAAGAUAAAUACUACAGAAUGGAUCUCCAGACCAAACGCAUCGACUAUGUAAACCCUCCAUACCCGAGAUCCAUCGGUAAAUACUGGCUAGGAUGUAAAGAGAAGGAGCUGGCAGAGAAAAGAUAAAAAAAAAAAGAAACCUCAAAGAUGAAAAGGAUUAUUGAGAUGCUAGUACACGAGACUGUAAUCCAAUCAUGGCUGUUAGAGGACUGAAGUAGAACGUCCACCAUGAAGGUUAAUUUGUAAACGUUGUUAUUUGUAAUAAUCAAGAGAUCCUGGGAAAAAAUGUCUUUCUCUAUCUCUCCUCAUGUCUGAAAACCACAUGUAGGAUCCAGUGGUUAUUCAGAUCAAACAUGUAACAUGUAUAUGCUGCAUUACCACAUGUAUUAGUGUGGCUCUGUUAUCUGUUAAUAAUCUGUUAAUAAUCUGUUUUGCUGUCAUUUUGGUUCACUGUUUAAGCGUGAGAACCACCAACUAUGUAAACCACCAAGCUUUUAAAUAUGUAAUUACUACAUAAUAAACUGAUGUACUACUCUA